GACUGCUCUACAGUAGGCUACCCAACUUGAAUAGGUUCCUUCACCCAUCUUUUUCCUCCGUGUCAAGGACCAUGCCUUUUGCUUUGACUCUGUUUCUGUGGUCGGCAUGCUCAGGUGUGAUUGGGAGUUUGUCUGCCAAGGUGUAUUUAACCCCUGCUGCACCAGAGGACUCUGUACCUGCAGAGCCUCGUGUGAUGAACCAAGGAGUCAUGAAGCUUGGGACUCUUCCUGUAGGCGCAGAAAUACACGUAGAUCAAAAUGAAGACCCACCGCCUGGCCUAAGAGACUUAUUGCCCCCAUCUAGUCUGGAACAGUCAUCUGAACCAAGAACAAGGCUGUUAGCCAAGUCAAGAUCAAGGCAGACAUACACUUCUACAGAUACGCAUAAACAUAGACAUAGCAAUAAGAAACCAAAGCCAAAGCCUAAACCCAAGCCGAAGCCUAAACCCAAGCCAAAGCCUAAACCCAAGCCGAAGCCUAAACCCAAGCCUCACCCUCGACCCAAACCUAAACCCAAGCCUCACCCUCGACCCAAACCUAAACCCAAGCCUCACCCUCGACCCAAACCUAAACCCAAACCUCAUCCAGGACCCAAACCUCAUCCAGGACCCAAACCUAAACCCAAGCCUCACCCUGGACCCAAGCCCAAACCUGGACCCAAACCCAAACCUAAACCUCACGAGAACUGCUGUGAAGGCUGUAAAAGAAUUCUAAAAAGAGUGAAGAAAGAUUUCGAAGGAGAAGAGCCAACCAGGGGUGAAAUAGCCAAAAGUAUGAAGAACGCCUGUGACGACCUCGAAAGGGAGAUCCCGUGCUGCAACACCCUGCUUCAGAAAUACAGCUCACAGUUUGUCUACGCACUCAACCACCGAGAACACUGGAAAGCAGUCUGUCAACACCUCAAGCUGUGCAAGCCAGAAUGGCACAGGAGAGAAUUCUUAGUACACAUAUGAUUUCUGUUUCAUGAUCUGAUGUCUACUUUGUCCAAUUCAAAUUUCUGUAAAGAACAUCUGCCUGAUGUAUUAUCAGGCUAAGUGUUUUAACUGUUGUACUUUAAUGAGUAAAAUUUUAAAAUCA